ACUGAUUGUUCUCAAGCAUCAAGUGAAGGAAGAGAUGGCGAACUCCACUUCGUCGUUUUACCAUCAAUUCGCCAAAGGAAAUUGGUUCCAAUCCCAGCCGCAGUUUAUCGUUCAGGAUUUUUAGCCGGUUAUGACCCCCAAUUAGACGCAACAGCAGCAGCAAUCGGAGGUCCCGACCAAACAAUUAGUACAAUCUUCGUAAUCCCCGGUCAACAAGGAAUAGCAGCCCCAGGCGAUGGUCUUUUACGCUUAGAAAAGCAACUCUCAGAAACAGCCUUUAAAAAAGGCUCAUGGGGGCGUCUUUUAAGGAGUUUAAUUCCACGACCUGGAUUAGAACUACAAAUCCCCAGGUUUAUGCAUAAAAGUAUUAUUAAUUCAACGGUGGCGUUUCAAAGAAUGGGGUUAAAAGAUUUGUUUAGUUUUGAUAAAGCUGACUUAAGGGGGUUGAAUGGGCAAGCUCACGAGUUACAUCUUUCUGAUGUUUUGCAAUUGAAUACUUUUGCGACUUGUGGGGAAAAUUUGAUUGGGGAUGAUCAUCACACUGAGAUUUAUCCCGCAACUUCGCGUCGGCCUUCGAGGAGAUCGAGAAAACUCGGGUAUUAUUUAUCCGAAUCUGUGUUUACGAUGGAAGAGAAAAGUUUUGGUGAUGAACCACGCGAUUAUCAAAGAUCUUUUGAUGACCCCCUACACGAUCCUGAUUUAUUAACUUUACCUUUACCUUUAAGACCACGACAAGCUCGUCUCCCGGACGCCCCAAGACUGAGAUUUGAUCGACCAUUUCUUUUCUUCGUCCGACACAACCCAACGGGGAUUAUUCUUCAUAUGGGAAGAUUCAAUCCGAGACUGUUACCUUAAGACAUGAUUUAUUUAGCGAAUAAGAAUUAGAAAAUAGAUUUGUAUAUAAACAUUA